AUGGACGACCCAGGUGGUGUACGGGCGCUGCUGGCCAAGCUCCGGGAGCAGGACGAAGUGCCGGAGCAGCCACGCCCUGAGCCGUCGGCAACACAGCGGCCAUGGGCCAGCAAUCCAAAGCGCCCUGCGUUUUUACAACAGAACGAGACGUACGACCCGUGGAAACCUGUUUUCGAGGAAAAGUCGGAACCCAAGGCCCCGGCCAAGGACUUACGCACAAUGCGGUUCGCCGAUGCGCUGCCGAUCGUCACGGAAAAGGCAAGAGAUCCAGUGUUUAUUGCUGAGCUGAAGAGACUGGAGAUCCCCUCCUUCUUUGAAACUAAAGAUACGGAUGCGAUUGCGAUGCAGCGGCGCAUUAUCCAAGUCUUGGAUGGGCUAUUGGAGUAA